CAUAUUGAAAAUGUGCUUUCCUUGCCUUUUGCCGAUGCUUUCGUUCGUCCUGGGUUGAGAUCGUGUUGUUCGGUAAAUAGAUCGAAAAUGCCUCUUCCUCCGGCUCUUCAAGCUCGUCUUGCAAAGAGAGGGAUAAUUCAGAAAGAUAAAGAUAAAACUGAUGAACCAAGUAGAGGAGAUGGACCUGUCCAAGGCUGUCCAAACACAUCAAACCCAUAUCACACAUGUGUGGAAUAUUGUGGAAAAAGAUAUGGUGAAAAUGCAAUAGCUCCUCAAGUAAAGGAUUACAGUGCUGUACCAUUACCCGUUGGAUGGUACUUGGUACCAGAUCCCAAUAGUGGUUCCAGGUAUUAUUGGAACACUCUUACCAAUCAAGUGUCAUGGCUUCACCCAUUAGAUCCCGAGUCAGAAAUAACUCUCCCCUCAUCUGUGCUGGACAAACAAAAAGAGGAUCAAUCAGAAGUUCAAGCCAACAGAGAAAUCCUUGCACCACCAGGGGUGGACAUAGAACAAGAUAAGGAACAAGUAUUGAGUAUUGGCAAACAUCCCAGUCUUAUGAAGGGUUCACAAAAGCGACAAGAAGCAGCAGUAAAAAGAAAACUUGAUAAAGAUACAAGGGCUGAAAAGCGUAGAAAGUCCGAAGAAGUCGACCCCAUGGAUCCAGCAGCCUAUUCUGAUGCUCCAAGUGGAACAUGGGCAACAGGGUUACUCAAGAAGGGAGAAGCAAAGACAGGUGUAGAUACAACUGCUAAUGGACCAUUGUUCCAAAUGAGACCAUAUCCCAGUCCUGGAGCAGUGCUCAGAGCAAAUCAGCAACUAUCACAGAAAAGUGCUGUGGAGACAUCUGAGUAAACUUCAGUGAAAGUGCUUCACAGCUGAACUAUUUCCUUUUUUAAUGGAGUAGUGUUACAGAUUUUGAAAGAAGAAAACUUUGUUUUAUGACUCUGUAGAAGAUUAGUGUUGUGUGAAAGCACGGCUUGGUAGCUUUUAUUUGGAAGGUCAUACACUAGGAUUUUAACAGAAGAGCUCAAAGAAAGAACUACAUGUAACAGUAUUAUAAAUAGUACCACAACAAAGAACUGGCCCAGUAGCUUUUUGAAGAAUGACAAACAGAGGUUUUCACCAAAUGGCACAAAGUCAGAAAAUUUGAAUAACCGUGGGUAAGCUGUUUAAGCAUGGCCUAGAGAUGGGAAGAGAUGAAUCUUAAAGUCUUUCUCAUGAGAGCAAAAAAGAUGCAUUCGCAUAUACUGUGAAUGUUUCCAGUGUUUUUCAGCAUCAAUUCAUUAAAUAAUAUAGUUGGUUAUAUGGACUCUUGGUUUCAUCUGUCUGUAUAGUACAUGCAAUAUAUUGCAUGAAACCAGUAGUUUCAACAUGAACAUUGCUUCACUCUUGCUAUUCAGUGGUUUAGAGAUAAACAAUUUUUUUGAGUAAAUAUUUUAUUUAAGAAUGUCCCAAAAAAACUGUGAGAUGUUGAAAUGUGUGUCGCUUGUCUUUAUUUCCAAAUUAAGAAAUAAAGAGAACUUGUUAAACUAUG